AUGACGUUUGAUUUUUCUUUACUAAAUCUACUUCGCCGGAAGAAAAAAAAUGAUACUUCCGAUGAUAUUGAGAAUAACCCGGAAGACAUCAAACAACAAAUAAAAGAAAAAGAUGAUUGCAUAAAUAAUCUCAGACAAAAUCUAGACAGAUUAAAAGAAGAUUACGAUGAAUUGAUGGAGAAAGGAAAAUCGGAAGAGAAACGAUGGGAAAGGGAACGACGGGAGUUGAUCAACGAAAAAGAGCAAGAAUUAUUUGAGAAGGAAGAGAAAUGGAAUAGCGAAAGGGAAAAGUUUAUUUUAGAAAGAAAGCAAAACGUACAGUGUGAUAAAGAAAAACUCGAGAAGGAAGAGCAGUGGAAUAAAGAAAUACAAAAAUUGAUCGAGGAGAAAGAGAGGUGGAACGAAGAGAAACAAGAAUUGACGAGGAAAUGGAAUGAAGAAAGACAAGAAUUGAUGAAACAACAAGAUAAGGAAAGACAAAAAUGGAGGGAGGAGAAAGGCCAAUGGGAUAAAGACCGACAAAAGUGGAACGGAGAGAAGGGAAUGAUCGAGAGUAGAGUACAAAAAUCCGUAAAUAAAGAAAGACAAGAAAAGCAAAAGUUGAUCAGGGAAAAAGAGCAACAGAGAAGAGAACAUGAACAAGAAUUAGCUAAGCAAGCGGAACAAUGGAAAAAAGAGAAGGAACAAUGGAAGAAAGUAAACCAAGAAUUAAUAAAGGAAAAGGAACGAUGGGAGAGUGUUAGACAAAAUCUCAAUGCAGAAUUAGAAAACAGGAACAGGCAUAUAGAGAAUUUGGAGAAACAUGGAGAAAAUAUAAUAAAGCGUUAUGAACAAAAACUUCAGGUAGCACGAGAGACUUAUAAGAAGAAUGUUGAUACUUUAAACCAAAAAUUAGAUAAAGAGGGAAAUGGCUUGCGUGAAUUGGAGGAAGAGAACGCCAAGCUCAGAAAAGAAGCAUCCAAAUAUCAGUCAGCGCUUGGUGUCGCAACAAAUAUUCGUCUUAGCGAUAACGAUCAAAAUCAUUCGGUUCAAUUGAAGAGGGACAUCGAAAAUUUGCAGACCACGUUUGAAAAUUAUGUAACUCACUUGAAACCAAAUAUGGAUAUUAACAUUGAAAAGGUACAAGCCCUUGCUAAAGACUACGGUUAUCCAAAUGAAAUUACAAAAGAAAAUCUAGAUAAACCUCUUAUCAAAGCAAUGUUACAGCUCAAAAUAUGGAACUUCAUACUUCAUUAUUUUAUUAAGUCAAGAGAAUAUCGAGGUGCAAAUUGGAAUCUCGAAACGGAUAUUGAUGCGAAAGCUCAAGACUUGUUACGGUCGAUCGCGACAUUAUCGGAAACUCGUGACGGAACUGACAAAGUUACUGGUGCAACAAUAAUAAAAAUACGUCAGCAAGUUUAUGGAAUUUUGGGUAGCCGUGGAUUCAACUACACAGUCCAUAGCGAAAGCAGCGAAAUUCUUGAACAUAAUUUUGUAUCUGUUGUUAGCGAAGAGCUCAACAAAAUGAUAAAUGAAUAUCGCAAAAUCAAUGAUGCCGAUAAGAGAACCCAGGUCGAAUCGAUGGCACCUAAACUUGUCCGAGAAGCGUCAAAAUUAUUUUUGUUUCGCAUGAAGGUUCAAGAACCAAUGUUGGAAUAUUAUUUUUUCCCUAAAGGUGAUAUUAUUGAUGCGAAUUCGAUGGAAGGAAAGUGGGAUGAUGAUGAGGUCGACCAUUUACGUGUAGGCAUCUGUUACUUUCCGAUGCUCGGGUCAAAUUUGAAAUCCAAGGACCAAAAAAUAUACACACCCGCAAGAAUAUUUCCACAAAAAAUCAGUUGUAAUUCUGAAACGUAA